GCUGGGGUUGAGGCUUUCGAUUAACACUGCAGAUGAGGUCAUUAAACUCUGGCGUCUAGGCUUCUCUCGGGCCGCGAAGGUCAAGAAAGGCGUGGCAGUUUCCACGCUUUCGUUCCAGCCUUAGCAACGGGGAACGAUAGAGGGGCGGGACUUAAACCGGCUGUUGAGAGAAGACCUGGCCGGUUUGAUGCCGGGUGAAAUGGGAGUUGUAGUCCAAUCCGGCUGGGCUGAGCGGCACCACACCUGAGGGUGUUCAGAUGGAGCAGCUUCCUAGUCAUCCUACUAACAGAAGAGCCAAAGAGGAGGGUAAUACUGUGCCUCUUUGUCGAGCCAAACCCUCCCCCAGCUUUAUUAAUCUUCAAGCAAGUUCCCCACCAGUCACUUUCCUGAAAAUCCUGCCAACAAAGUUGCCGUCAGGUAUUGACCACAAGCCCAAGGAAUGCCUAGGACUCCUAGAAUGUAUGUAUGCCAAUCUCCAGCUUCAGACCCAGCUCGCCCAACAACAGAUGGCUAUUUUGGAAAAUUUACAAGCAUCCAUGACACAACUGGCUCCUGGGAAAGAAAACAAGAACUCUUCUCUCCCAGCCUUAUCUCGCAAUCUAUUGUUCAGUCACCUGCCCCAAUUCAGUAAAUGAAUUGUGGAACAAAGUUAUUGUGUAUGUUUUCCCUGCUCUCUUCCCAGUAAACCGUUGAUGGAAUCUGGGCUUAUAUAUUCUAUAUGUGGUUGGUUGGUUUACAAGAUCAUAUUAAGUGCUCACUGAGUGCAAAGCGCUGUACAAGGCACUUGGGGAUGCAUAUUACAAGAGAGAGAAAUUGUGGGCAGGGAGUUUACUAUCUAGCAAAGCAGAAAAGACAGUUCAUUGUAAAAUUUAGCAAUACUCUAAGAGGGAAUGGAAGUUCAGAGAUAGAGGUUAGUAGGAUACUGGAUCAGUCGUGGAAUCUUGCCAGAGGAAGUGUUGCCACUUGAUGAAGGAGCUACAUUGGAUGGCCUAGACAGAUGAAGUAAGAUAGUUCCAUGUCAGUUGGAAAGCUUGGGCAAAAACCUAGAGCUAGGGGAAUAAGUCUUCAAAAAUUAGGAAAAGAGGUUUUUUUUACCCCCAGAAUGUAGAAUGUGAUGUGAAGCAGAAUGUGGAGCAGCUGAGAAUAGAACAGCUCUCCCUGGAGAAUUGUUCUGCUAACAACUGUUAGAAGCUCUGAUUUUAUCUGAAGCACUGGAAAGCCAUUGGAGGCUUUCAGGUAGCAAAGGAUACCAAAUGGGCAAAACAUUUUGGGGUGGAUGGAGGAUGGAAGUGGAGAGGCCCCUAUGAAACUACCAGGGUCUGGAUAAAGGGUUUAGAUAUAAAGACAGGCAAUGGGUAGAUCUUAGCUAUAUUGUAGAGAGGGACUAGUCUCGAGCUUGAAGCACCAAGCGACAGCAUCCUGAAAUUUCUAAGUUGGGAAAUCAGUUUAGCUUUCAUGGAGGUUCAAAUCCAGCCACAUAUUUUCAGUGUUUGAGAAGCAGACACCAGAGGUUGGCUUAGUCAUUUGAACUACAUUAGAUCACCGCUUUCUUAUACAUUUGUGUUGGCGAAUUAUUCUUGAGACUGAAACUAGGUCCUUUUUCCAGAAGCUUCUUUUCCUAUGGAAUGUGGAGAAGACAAAAGGAGAGUUAGGCCUGAAUUCAGAGAUAAGAAAGUGAGAAAGCAGUGAUUGAGAAGAGAAUUUCACAUUGGCUUCAACUCUUUGAAUGGUUUUUCAGAGACUUCUUUUUUUAAAAAAACUUUUUAUUAAUAUUUUGUAUUGGGGUAUAACCAAUUAACAGUUGUGAAAGUCCUGCAGUCAAAUCCUGCUGGCCUUCAAAGUAAAAUUCUCUGGGGACUCCUAGUCCUUUGCCGUUGUUGGGUUCCAGUGUCCUCCUCUCGAUGGUUGUUCAACAGCUAGUUGUGAUUUUGAUGGUCUCACAGGAGAAGAUGAGUGCAUGACUUGGUCUGACAGGAGAAGGUGAGUGCCAUCUUGAAUCUGCUUCCAGAGAGAGUUCUUUAUUGUGUAUGAAUAAGGAAGACUGAGCAGAGAUGUAUGUCAUAAACCAUCACAAUACUGUAGUUAUCCUCCAAUUAAAAAUAAAGUUAAAAAAAGGAAGACAGCAGGAAUAAGGCUGAAGUGAAGCUUGAGGAAUUGGGGUUGGGGAUUGAAAAUUUUUGAUUAAGCUAUUAUUUGUGGAGAAAAGAGAAAUAAAGUAAUUUUAGAAAGAGGCUCUGACAUUUGUGCAUAAAAUUUGACCCAACUGCUUGGAAAGAGAAAGGAUAUGUUAUGUCUGAAAGUAUGUCUGUUUCAUCAUCUCAUCAUCUUCAUUAAAAUGCAAUUUUUGAGUAAGA